UUGGAUCCACCAUGCUCUGUCAACAGCGCCUGGUAGUGAACGGCAGAGUGAAACCUGUAGGUGUGAUGGGACUCCUGGUGGUCAGUUUGGUGGUAGCGUUCCUCCAUCACAGUCACAGUGUGGAACUGCAGCCCUCCCUGUAUGGGUCGAAGAGGGUUUGGGAAGAUGUCUUAAAUCCCAGUGACUGUGUGUCCAGAGUCAGGCCGCCGCAGCUCUUUAACUCUCAGAAUUUCACAGUGGAUCUUCGAAUGCCUGGGGUUUUGCCAACUGAGUCGGACACUUACCUGUGCAUGGCUUUUCCUGUGCCAACUAGUCGUGAUUCAUAUAUUGUGGACUUCCUACCUCAUGCCAGUAUGGACACUGUUCACCACAUGCUGCUUUUUGGCUGCCAGACUCCGGUCUCCACCAGCAGCUACUGGGACUGUGGCAGCGUACAGGGAACUUGUGAAGACGAGUCUUCCAUUAUGUAUGCCUGGGCUCGAAACGCUCCUCCAACAAAAUUACCUAAAGAUGUUGGCUUUAAAGUCGGAAGAAAUUCAGGAAUGUCCUACUUUGUGCUGCAGAUACAUUAUGGAGAUGUCAGUGCCUUCAGAGAUCAUCACAGAGAUUGCUCUGGACUAACUUUAAGAAUGACUUUAAAACCGCAGCCCUUCAUUGCUGGCAUCUACCUGCUAAUGUCUGUGGAUACGGUCAUCCUUCCAGGAAAAAAAGUUACAAAUGCAGAUGUUGCUUGUGACUAUGAUUCCUACCCGAUCUACCCGUUUGCCUUCAGGACCCACACACACAGCCUCGGCAAAGUGGUCAGCGGUUACAGGAUUCGUGAUGGGAAAUGGAGUCUGAUUGGGAGACAGUCCCCUCAGCUACCACAGGCUUUCUACCCUGCUAACAAGGAUGUGACUGUGCGAUACGGUGACACCAUGGCUGCCAGAUGUGUUUUUAGUGGGGAGGGCCGGAUCUCCAAAACGUACAUCGGUGGUACUUCAAAUGAUGAAAUGUGCAACUUCUAUAUGAUGUACUACAUGGACAGCAAACAUGCCGUUCCCUUCAUGAGCUGCAUGGAGACGGGCUCUAAAGAACUCUUUCGACAUAUUCCAGCAGAGGCAAAUGUUCCCAUCGCUGUGAGUCCAGGUCACAUGCACGCCAUGAUGCCAAUGGGAAACGCUACAGAUGACAAACAGCCGAUGAAUGCUAACAAAGCAGAGCUGGUUCUGGAUCAGGAUUCUCAUUUGGAGCAGGUGUCAGCAUGGCCUCAGAGUUCUCUUCAGCUGGGCCAGGUGUCAGGACUCGCCCUGGACUCUGAUUCCAACCUGGUCAUUUUUCACAGAGGCGACCACCACUGGGGGGCAGAUUCUUUCAACAGCCAGGCUCGGUACCAGCAGCGGUCCCUGGGGCCCAUUCAGCAGUCUACUAUCCUGGUUGUGGACCCGGCCAACGGCAGAAUCCUGAAGGCUUCAGGCCGGAACAUGUUUUAUUUGCCUCAUGGAAUAACGACAGACCAGGAGAAUAACUACUGGGUGACUGAUGUGGCUUUGCAUCAGGUGUUAAAAGUGAGCGGUGACGGCAGGGACAGAACCCUGCUGGUCCUGGGAGAGGCUUUCACUCCGGGUAGCGACACCGAGCACUUCUGCCAGCCGACGGACGUGGCUGUCGACCCUGAAACCAGGAACGUCUUUGUGUCUGACGGCUACUGCAACGCCAGGAUCCUGAAGUUUGCUGCCGAUGGCACAUACUUAACUCAGUGGGGAGCAGGUUCGUCAGACAGAAGGAGGCGCACGCCGUUCCGGAUCCCCCACAGCUUAGUUCUCCUUCCUGAAAGGAAGGAAGUGUGUGUGGCUGACAGGGAAAACGGCCGAAUCCAGUGCUUCAUCGCUGAGACCGGCGAGUUUGUCAAAGAGAUAAAGAACGAAGAGUUUGGAGGAGAAGUGUUUGCCAUCACCUACAGCCCUGCUGGAAAUGGCCUGAUCUUUGCAGUGAACGGAGACUCGCCCUACCACUCAGCUCCACUCAGAGGGUUUGUUCUAGAUUACUCAACCAAACAAAUUCUGGAUUCCUUCAGCCCCACCCAGAAGGAGUUUAAAAUGCCUCAUGACAUUGUCGUAACUAAGGAUGGAAGUGUUUUUGUCGGAGACGCAGGAAGCAAUUCAGUCUUUAAGUUUACUGCAGAAAAGUUACACCGUUCUGUGAAGAAAGCUGGAAUCGAGGUCCAGGAACUUGAAGAAGUGGAGGCGUUCGUCCAAGCCAAGCUGAAGCCACAUCCCAACAUUUCAAAGACUGCGCCUGUCAAGGAGAAGCAAACCGUGGCAGAGAAGAGCCAUCCGCUGGUAGAAGUGGAACCCAGGAAAAGCACACCGAAGUCAAAGAAAGAGAACAGCGUCCUCCCUGCUGUUGUUGUCUCGCUGCUCCUCGUCCUUCUGCUGGUCAUCGUCUUCCUGGGAGUCUUCAUGUGCUGGAUGAAAAACAAGAGAAAUGAGAUUAAAAUGGAGCCUCGCUCUGUGGGAGGAGUCUUGGGUAAAAUUCGAGGUAAAGCAGUGGGAACUCUGAACCUGGGGAAAUUCUUUGCGUCUCAUAAAGGUUACAGUCGCCAGGGCUUCGACCAGCUGAGCACUGAGGGCAGCGACCAGGAGAGGAACGUGGAGGACAGCAGCGACUCGGACACAGAGGAGUACUCUGCUCCUCCUCCUCGCCCUCCUCCUCCUCAGUCCUCCUCUUAGGCAGCCCCCCCCCCUCCCCUCCAAACACAGCUUAGAUUUCUCACAUGUGCUAAUUCACUGUUUUUGUAACCGUUGUCAGCUGCCAAUAUUGCUAUUUAAUGUAUAUAUUUAAAUGUGUUCUUGUAUAUAAAAUUCAUUUUAUUGUCAUCUUGACAAAAUCUUGGAGACAAAAUGAUUAUAUUUAUAUUUUUUCUUUAUAUAAAACAAAUUGCCUUUAUGGUAAAACUAUCAGCACAGUCCCCCAAAACAACCGUCCACUAAUAUCAGGUUUAGCCUUAAAAAGUCUAAGAAAAUCUGCAAAUGCAUUAUUAUGUAGAAAAAAUGUUUAUGUGGUUUUUAUUAUUUAUCUUUUUUUUAAUUGCAUUAUUUUCUUUUCAUUUCUUAGCUCUCACUUUUUAAUCGUUUUCAUAAAAUCCUGCAGCCCUGUGACUGUAGUGCCUACAGUACCGCUAGGUGGGGCUGUUGUCAGCCAUGUUUGUCUCCUGCAGCUCCUGUCACAGAUUAUUAAUGCUGAUGCUCAAUCUGAAUGUUGGCUCAGGUUAAACCUACAGUGUUUCAGUGUCAGCUUAGGGAUGAGAUGAAUGAGGAUUUCAGAGGAGAAUCCUGACAUUUGUUGCUGCAGUCGGGAUUAUAGAUGUCAUUUGAUGUUCUUUAUGACAUUUCAGCAUCAUCAUUGUAUUUGGUCGACUAUCAUUUCACUUGUAAUUCUGUGCCUUCUGCUGGUUUGUUUUCUUCCAGGCAAAUAGCCCAGAUCUUGUAGUGUGGCAUGGCUAACUAUUUAACAUGUGGGGAGCAGGCUUCAUGCUGCUGCAGCUUUCUGCUUGUUGUCAAAGGCUAAUCUGAACCCACUGUGCUUUUUUUUUUUUUUUUCUCUGUCCAGCUAAUUUAAACAAAACAAUUUCCUCUGUUCACUUCCAGAGUUCACUAAAAGCAUUUAUCCGGAACUGCAUUCAGUUCCGCAUGGAAAGAGAAUUUAUUUUUCAUUUAACCGCUGUUCAGAUAUUUUAUUACAGCAGAAUUCAAGUGAAUAAUUUAGUAAAUCACAUCUUUAAAGAAAAUUUAAAAAAAUUAAUGAUCUGUUAAGUCACCUUCUGUAAUGUCAGGUUUUAUGUUAGUAGAUCAGUUUUUCGGUCAUUUCUAAAAUUGUAUUCCAUGUUUUCUGCCGCUGCUCAUAGUUUGCUUUCCUAACCGCAUGCCAUAGAUAUUUAGCUACGCUGUCACAUGUGGCCUACCUUGUAUUAGCUGUGACACCGGUUUAAGUACAAGAGUACUAUUUUCAGUAACUAUUGUAUUUGUGUAAUAAAGUGUCUGCAAAGCAUCA